AUGGCAGGGAAAGCAGAGAAACCCAUAGAAGCGGAUCUUAAUACUGGGGAUAUUAGGAACUGGCGGUCAAUUGUAACGCUUCUUGUCUUCAUUAUCACCAAUAUCAUCGUUUUGUUUCCCUUUCAUAUCCCCAUCUACUUCCCUCGGUGGCUUGCAAACACGUUUCUGGAUGGGCUCAGCGCGGUACGAGUGAUAUCGCCCAGACAGAGCUACGUAGAGUACGAUUAUGGUGAAACGGAUGACCAGAAUGGCAAAGCCAAGCGCAAGCUCUUUGUUCGGUUCAAUUUUCCCAUGAACUUUGUCACAGCUCCCUUGAUAGCAGAUCUCUUCUUGCUGGCCAUCUUGGCUAUUGGCAAAAAGGAAGUGAGUGGUGGUACACUCGGGGCGAACAAUAUAUCUCCAAUUGAUAUUAUGGCUUUUUUUAUUACGCUGGCCUACAUUGCCAUAUCGAUCGACGCGUCCGGUCUGAUUAGGUUCCUGGCAUUCAAGGUGCUUCAAAAAGGUGGUAAGGUUGGGCAUCGGCUUUUCUUCUAUCUUUAUGCUUUCUUCUUUGUCCUGGGAAGUUUUAUCGGCAACGACCCCAUUAUCCUCUCUGGCACCGCCUUUCUCGCCUAUAUGACUCGGGUGUCGAGCAAUAUCAUCCAUCCAAGAGCCUGGAUUCAUACGCAGCUCGCUGUUGCGAACAUCGCAUCCGCAAUACUGGUCUCCUCCAACCCAACCAACCUCGUCCUUGCAGGCGCGUUCAAGAUCAAGUUCAUUGUCUACACCGCAAACAUGAUAGUGCCAGUUGUUAUUACUGCUAUUGUCUUAUUUCCCUUUUUGCUCUACAUUAUAUUUGCCGACCCGGCACUUAUCCCAUUCGCCAUCGAGAUGCACGAACUCUCCGAGGAAGCUAAAGCGAAGAAGCCCGUAAAUCCCAAUAUUCCUCAUGCUCGGGGACUGGCUGAAGAGGAUGAGAACCAGCUUGCAGACGAUGACCAAGUAAAGUUACUCUCGCUCGAAGAGAUUAUGAACCCAUUUUUGGACAAGGGCGGCGCAGCUUUCGGAGCAGUCAUCAUGACUGCUACUCUUGUUACUCUCCUGGCACUCAACGCUGCUAGCCAGAGUAGCGGUGAACACCCCAUCUUCUGGGUUACCUUACCGGCUGCCUUUGUUAUGUUUUGUUGGGAUGUAGGUUUCGGAUGGUAUCAUCGACAUGAGACGCGUGAAAUCGCUCGCAAGGGCCGCGAGGAAGUCAGAAAUGCUCGAAUUGAGCAAAUGCUCAGACAGGAGGAGGAAAUGAGGGUAGCGUCACUCGAGCAAAAACAUCAUGGUGAUAUGGCUCUGUAUGGAACUCCCUUAACACUAACACAGUCUCCAGAACCCCAACCGCAAGGCCAAAACAAUGCAGGGAUUGGCGGCAGAAGCCAGGGUACGUUAAAGACUGAUGACGAGAUUACACUAGCGGCCGAGACCUCCAAGUAUUCUCCUGUCAUCCUCACCUCUGAAUACAAUGAGGGCCCAACUUUUACAUCCACGCCGCCGCGGGAAAAAUCGCCAUCCCCCACUCGAAUAUUAACCGACAAUAAGUGCCAGGACGGGGGGCAGACAACGCUUAUUUCGCUUCUCAAGGAGGCCUACCGAUGGACUCAGGAUACUUUUCCAACUGUCACAGCGGUGGUGGCCCAUUUGCCAUUUGCACUUGUACCCUUUGCCUUCACUAUGUUCAUCCUAGUGCAAGCACUUGUCACCAAGGGCUGGGUACCGGUGUUCGCUUACGGAUGGGACCAUUGGGUGAACAAGACUGGCACAGUCGGUGCCGUUGGUGGUAUGGGCUUUCUCUCUGUGAUAUUAUGCAACUUCGCUGGCACAAACAUUGGCACCACCAUUCUGCUCUCCCGCGUCAUUCAGUCGUGGCAGGCAAUCCACAUCCAGAACAACACCCCCAUCUCUAACCGCACAUUCUGGGCAACGGUGUACAGUAUGGCGAUCGGCGUCAACUACGGUGCAUUCAGCACGGCAUUCAGCGCGUCUCUCGCCGGAAUGCUCUGGCGAGACAUCCUUGCCAGAAAGCACAUCCGAGUCCGCAGCCUUGACUUUGCACGAGUUAACCUUCCCAUUAUCGCCAUCUCGAUGGCUGUCGGCUGUACUGUUCUCAUUGGACAGAUGUACAUUAUUAGGGAUACCGAUCCUUAUGAUGCCGGAUGA